GGCCUAUGAUAUACAAGGGUUUAUACCAUUUCUUUUACCAAUACAAUCCAUGGGGAGCCACAUGGGGUAACAUUGUUUGGGGCCAUUCAGUCUCAAGGGACCUUAUUAAUUGGGAGGCUCUUGAGCCUGCACUCUAUGAGUCCGCACCUUUUGACACAAACGGGGUAUGGUCCGGGUCCGCAACAAUUCUACCCAAUAAUCGCCCCGUUAUGCUCUAUACCGGGGUUACUGCUAAAAAUGAACAAGUCCAAAAUAUUGCGAUCCCAACUAAUUUAUCAGACUCAUACCUACGAAAAUGGGUCAAACCCGAUUAUAACCCUAUCAUUACCCCUACAUUCGACAUGAACGUGUCGUACUUUCGAGACCCUACGACCGCGUGGUGGUCAAAUGGGCAUUGGAAAAUAUUGGUGGGUGGUAGGAGAAAAAAUAGGGGCAUGGCAUAUUUGUAUAGGAGUAGAGAUUUUAAGAAAUGGAUUAAGUCUAAACACCCAUUACAUUCAGCACCAAAUACGGGUAUGUGGGAAUGUCCGGACUUUUUCCCAGUUUUGAUCCAAGGGAAAUAUGGGCUGGACACUUCUAAAAUGGGCUCUAAUAUGAAGCAUGUGUUAAAGGUUAGUCUUGAUGUUACAAGAUUUGAGUAUUAUACUAUAGGAAGAUAUGAUCCAAUCAAAGACAAAUAUUUUCCGGAUAAUGUUGCAAUUGAUGGUUGGAAUGGGUUGAGGUAUGAUUAUGGUAAUUUUUACGCCUCAAAGUCGUUUUUUGAUUCCAAAAAAAGUCGGAGGAUUUUGUGGGGUUGGGCUAAUGAAUCUUGGACUCCAGACAUAGCUGCCGUUAAAGGAUGGGCCGGAAUCCAGGCUAUACCACGGUCAGUGUGGUUGGAUCCAAAUGGGAAACAAUUACUACAAUGGCCUGUUGAGGAAGUGGAAAGACUUAGGGCUAACAAAGUUGACGUGGGGAACUAUUUGCUUAAGCCAGGAAAACAUUUUGAAAUCAAUGGGAUAACUUCAGCUCAGGCUGACGUGGAAGUAGCAUUUAGGAUCCCAAAUUUAGAAAAGGCUGAAGCAUUUGAUCCAAAGUGGGUUGAUCCCCAAGAUUUGUGCGCACAAAAGGGCUCAACUGUUCGAGGAAGAAUUGGGCCUUUUGGGAUUCUCACACUUGCUUCUAAUAAUCUAGAGGAGUACACUCCUGUAUUUUUCAGAGUUUUCAAGGCCCAAAAGAAUAAGCAUGUGGUCCUUAUGUGUUCUGAUGCCUCAAGUUCUUCAAUGGAAAAAGGAUUAUACAAACCAACAUUUGGUGGUUUUGUAGAUGUAGAUUUAACUGCAGAUAAGAAACUCUCUCUUAGAACAUUGAUUGAUCACUCAGUUGUGGAGAGUUUUGGAGCUGGAGGUAAAACAUGCAUAUUAUCAAGGGUUUAUCCCAACUUAGCAAUCAUGAACAACGCUCACUUACAUGUAUUUAACAAUGGUACGGAGCCCGUGAUUGUGGAGCAUCUCACUGCGUGGAGCAUGAAAAGGCCUCUUAAAAUGAACAAUUAGGCCCUUUUUCUCACCUAAAAAAAAGGGGGGAAAAGAAGGAAAUAAUAAAGCCCAGAUCAAAUAUCAUCACUUCAGAUUAAUCCUUAUUGAUUACUAUAAUAAUACUCCUUUUAUUAAAGUAGUUAUAUCAAAUUAUAGCUUUUAUUUAUCAGUCGAAGUUCUUAGUAAUUACUUCUUCAUAUUGUAA